CUUGGCUAUUUUCGUAUUGAUUUUCUGUAAAUUCCGAAGCAAAGAUACAGAAUAAACCCCCAAUAAAAGAACGGUUUGGUUGAAUCUAAAUGCAACUUAUUGAACAAAAGAGCCACAUUUGCAAUCAUGGGCGACAAUGAGCAAAAGGCUCUUCAGCUUAUGGCCGAGGCGGAGAAGAAGCUGACGCAGCAAAAAGGUUUUCUCGGCUCACUCUUUGGUGGAUCUAACAAGAUCGAAGAUGCCAUCGAGUGCUAUCAACGUGCUGGAAAUAUGUUCAAGAUGUGCAAAAACUGGACUAAGGCUGGCGAAUGCUUUUGCGAGGCAGCUGCUCUUCAUGCGCGUGCUGGUAGCCGGCAUGAUGCUGGCACCUGCUUUGUAGAUGCAUCCAACUGUUAUAAGAAAGUGGAUGUUGAAAGUGCCGUCAAUUGUCUGAUGAAGUCUAUUGAUAUUUACACCGACAUGGGACGCUUUACCAUGGCAGCUAAGCAUCAUCAGAGCAUUGCUGAAAUGUACGAAAGUGAUCCUAAUACACUGGCCAAAUCCAUACAGCACUUUGAGCAGGCAGCCGAUUAUUUCAAGGGGGAGGAGUCAGUCAGCUCAGCCAAUAAGUGUAUGCUUAAGGUAGCUCAGUACGCAGCCCAGCUGGAGGAUUAUGAAAAAGCUAUUACCAUAUACGAGCAGGUGGCUGCCUCGUCGCUUGAAAGCUCGCUGCUCAAAUAUAGCGCAAAAGAGUAUUUCUUCCGCGCUGCCCUUUGUCAUUUGAGUGUAGAUCUGUUGAACGCUCAGCAUGCCAUCGAAAAGUACGCUCAGCAGUAUCCAGCAUUCCAGGACUCGCGCGAGUUUAAGCUCAUCAAAGUGUUGUGUGAGCAUUUGGAGGAGCAGAACAUAGAGGGAUUUACUGAAGCUGUGAAGGAUUAUGAUAGCAUUUCGCGUCUUGAUCAGUGGUACACAACAAUAUUGCUUAGAAUUAAAAAGGCAGCUGACGAGGAUCCAGACUUGCGAUAAAUAAUUCAAACGGUAAUAACGCAAUAAGUUACAUAACAUUAAAAACUAUAAAAUGCUUUUUCAGUUUCAAAAUUAAUAAACAAUUUAAAAAAUA